CAUCUCUCUGUCCAGUCCAGUCGUCUGACGGCUCCGACGAGAGGCAGCGCGAGGGAAGAGGUCGAAGACUCAUUGCGUCAUCCGACUCAUGCCGUUCGGGUCGGUAGGUUCAAACAAAAUUCAAUCGCAGUCAUGCACACAGCGGUUGAUGCGUGUUUGGCGUCCUCCUCUUCAGGUAGUGGGGGCCUGAGUGAGUCACUCCGUCAUGGUCAUGUCAGUCAUCAGCAGCCGAAGCAGCGACGUGGACUCCCCCUCCAUCAACGGUGAGGCAGUCCGCUGCAUUUUUCGUGACUCGCGAGUCCUGCUGCUCGAGGCCAAGGACAUCGGCAGCCUCAGAAUGGCGGCCCGCUACCACAGCCUCGUCGACUUCCCUCCCGCCGCCCUCCGCACAUGCCUCACCCAGUCGCUGCACCGCAAACGGCUCGCCGACGGGUCCCGGCUCAACACCGUGCUGGCUUUUGGGCCAUCGAUGUCAGGGUCGCGUGUGCUGCUGGCGGCCAUGUGGCUGGUGGAGGACCAGAGUUGGGACGAAGUGGCCGACAUACUGCGGCUAGCCAGCCAGUGUGGCCGCUGUACGCUGCCCGUCAUGCUCACGGCAGACGAUGUCAACACACAUACAAACAAGACGGUAGGCGGACUGAUGGUUCUCAAUCGCUGUGUGGUGUGGUGACACGUUGUGUGCGCAGGUGUUUUUGGCCGCUCCGCGUGUGUUGGCUUAGCUGAAGAUGGUCGGCGGUCACAUCAGCUUCGGCAAUGGCGCGACCUUCGAAAUGUUCCAGCACCGCAACACACUGCGGGCCAUCAAGGACGAGGUCGGCUAUGAAGUGACCAUCGACCCGCGACUCCAUGCCGGCCAUCCUUACCAGCAGCACCGACAGCCGCAUGACCCCCCAGCCAGCAGCAGCAUCACAUAUUUUCCGCUCGACGGCUUGCGGCCGCUGACCCCCGCUCUUAACUUUUCGUCCGUUUCGUCUUUUGCCAAGAACGCCAUCAUCUGCCACUUCAAGGACACUCACCAGAUUCACACCUGCACCACCGAGUCCUCCAUCGACAAGUGAGGCGGGACGUGACUCUGUGUGGGCAUUGCCACGACACACGAGUGUAUCUAUGUUAUGUGUGUGUCCUUUACUAUUCAGGCAUGCCGACAACGGCCGGCUGAGCACCAUUAUGACACAGUCCCCCCACAUGCCAGUGGGGGGAUGCACCACAACGGUGUCAAGCUGCGCAUCUGGCGUCAGAUCUUACUAUCGUCUUGUCGUGUUGACCAACGCCAGCCAUCCGUUCGUCGCAUGGAUCAGCUUCAUUCUUUACUGGAACGGUCAGCCCAGCAUGGACGGGGACAGGGGGGCCGACAAACCCAUACACACAAACACGCAGCACUCACUCUCGCCGGCUGUCUGUGCUGUCCUGUGAUUCCUUCGCAGUGGGUGUAGUUAUCGAGACAAGCGAGCCGGCUGUGUGUGGCGUAGGUCGCGCCUUCAAGGACCGCUUCCCGCGGACCACUCGGCUUGCGCGAGUGGUGCUGGGGGCUGUCAUCUCAGCUAUGGUCUUCGACCGAUAGAAGAGGACUGAGGUGACGGCUGACACAAGCAGGAGAUGAGGUGAGGUCAAUGUGCGCGUUCAGUGGGCUGCGAUGCAACGUUGUGGCUGUUGUUGGGCGAGGGGGGAAACGGCGAGUUGGCUGCCAUCUGUAUGUGCGUUUGUUUGCCGUACCAGCUCGUGGAUGUGUGUUGUGUAGACCACAUUGCUCGGUAAAUACAUGUCUGCGAGGCUUUCUCUAAGCAAGGGGCAGAACGAUCUGCUGCAGGGAUGCAGACCACAUUCACCCAUCGCCAUAUGUGUGUGUUAUCGAUUUGUGUGAAUGUAUGUGGAGACGGUACCGGUGUGUGUGGUUGAACUCGCUGUAUGUCUUUUGAUACACACAUGGCGUGACGCAUCAGAUUAGGUCGUGAGAUGAGCGGUGGGAGGUGUGACUGACGUGGUGAGGUGCGAUGAGUGGGGUGGUGUGUGCCGCCGUUCCGGCCGUUUGCUAUUUA